AUGGCGAGGAAGCCCCGGGAGAGGGGGAGCUCCUCACCCUGCAGGGUCUGCCAGGCAUGUGGAAGACGAGGUGACUGGUGUGCCCGAGGCUGCGAGGGUCUGCGGGUGAGGGUCAAGCUCCACGACUCACAGCAGGCGGCCGGCGGGCGCUCCAGCUGCGCAGAUCCGAGCCGUGUCAUCCGCUUAGAGCCCUCGCGCCACCCCGUGCUCCCGCCCCGCGGCACCCCCCACCCCGCAUCCCCGCCGUCAUCUCUGCCCUCGGCAGGGGAUGCUCGGCGCCCUAGCGCCCGGCGAGCGACGCCACCCGCCCGCGGAGACAUGAGGCGCGGCCCGCGGGCCGCCGCGGCCCUGGAGCUGCUGUUCCUCUGCCUGGCCCAGGCCAACUUCGCCCCCCACUUCUUCGACAACGGGGUCGACAGCACCAACGGAAACAUGGCUCUGUUCAGCCUCCCGGAAGACACCCCCGUAGGCUCUCAUGUGUACACCCUGAAUGGGACAGACCCGGACGGAGACCUUGUCUCCUACCACAUCAGCUUUGACCCCAGCACUAGAAGUGUCUUUUCUGUUGACCCCAAUUUUGGAAACGUCACUCUGAUUGAAGAGCUGGACAGAGAGAGGGAGGAUGAGAUUGAAGCCAUCAUUAGCAUUUCCGACGGCCUGAAUCUGGUUGCAGAAAAAGUUGUGAUUCUGGUGACCGAUGCCAAUGACGAGGCACCCAGGUUCAUCCAGGAUCCCUACGUUGUCCAGGUCCCCGAGGACACUCCUGCCGGGAGCAGUAUCCUUAAGGUCCAUGCAGUGGACAAGGACACAGGGUCUGGAGGGAGUGUCACCUACUUCCUGCAGAAUAUGCGCUCCACCAAAUUUGCCAUGGACCGUCACAGCGGUGUGCUGCGCCUCCAGGCUGGGACCACCCUGGACUAUGAGAAGACCCGGGCCCAUUUCAUCACCGUGGUUGCCAAGGAUGGCGGAGGGAGGCUUCGAGGGGCUGACGUGGUGUUCUCGGCCACCACCACGGUCACAGUCAACGUGGAUGACGUGCAGGACAUGGCCCCUGUCUUCGUAGGCACACCCUACUACGGCUAUGUGUACGAGGACACGCUUCCGGGCUCAGAGGUCCUGACGGUGGUGGCCAUGGACGGAGAUAGAGGCAGACCCAACCGCCUUGUCUACAGCCUCGUGAACGGGAGCGAUGGAGCCUUUGAAAUUAAUGAGACGUCUGGAGCCAUCUUUGUCACGCAGAGUCCUGCCCAGCUCCGGAGAGAGGUGUAUGAGCUGCAUGUACAGGUGACUGAGGUCAGCUCUGCAGGGAGCCCAGCUGCCCAGGCCAUGGUCCCAGUCACCGUCAGGAUUGUGGACCUCAACAACCAUCCGCCGACCUUCUAUGGAGAGAGUGGACCCCAGAACAGAUUUGAGCUGUCCAUGUACGAGCACCCGCCCCAGGGGGAGAUCCUGCGGGGCCUUAAGAUCACAGUCAAUGACUCAGACCAGGGAGCCAAUGCCAGAUUCAACCUGCGGCUGGUGGGCCCCGGAGGCAUCUUCCGAGUGGUCCCGCAGACAGUCCUGAAUGAAGCCCAGGUCACCGUCAUUGUGGAGAACUCAGCCGCCAUUGACUUUGAAAAGUCCAAAGUGCUAACCUUCAAGCUCCUGGCCGUUGAAGUGAACACCCUGGAGAAGUUCAGCUCCACAGCGGAUGUAGUGAUCGAGCUCCUGGACACCAACGACAACGCCCCCAAGUUCACCUCCCACUACUACAUUGCCAGGGUCCCCGAGAAUGCCCCAGGGGGCUCCAACGUGGUGGCCGUCACAGCUGUGGAUCCAGACACAGGACCCUGGGGUGAAGUCAAAUACUCCAUCUAUGGGUCCGGGGCAGACCUCUUCCUGAUCCACCCAUCCACUGGGAUCAUCUACACCCAGCCCUGGGCUACCCUCGACGCUGAGGCCACUGCCAGGUACAACUUCUACGUGAAGGCAGAGGACAUGGAGGGCAGGUACAGCCUGGCUGAGGUCUUCGUCACUCUGCUGGAUGUCAAUGACCACUACCCCCAGUUUGGAAAGAGCUUCCAGGAGAAGACGAUGGUGCUGGGGACCCCGGUGAAAAUUGAGGCCACAGACCAGGAUGCAGAGGAGCCCAACAACCUGGUGGACUAUUCCAUCACCCACGCAGAGCCGGUCAACGUGUUUGACAUCGAUGCACACACCGGGGAGAUCUGGCUCAAGAACUCCAUCCGCUCCCUGGAUGCCCUGCACAACAUGACACCCCACGGGGACUGCACAUGGUCCCUAGAGGUGCAGGCCAAGGACCGCGGCUCCCCAUCCUUCAGCACCACAGCCCUACUCAAGAUUGACAUCACAGACACUGAGACGCUGUCCCGAGGCCCCAUGGCCGCCUUCCUAAUGCAGACCAAAGACAACCCCAUGAAGGCCGUGGGUGUGCUGGCCGGCAUCAUGGCCAUCAUCGUGGCCAUAACCGUCCUCAUCUCCACUGCCACCUUCUGGCGCAACAAGAAGUCCAACAAGGUCCUGCCCGUGCGGCGUGUGCUCCGCAGGCGGCCCAGCCCCACACCCCGCACCGUCCGCAUCCAGUGGCUCAAGUUCGGACGGACCAAGGCCGCUGCCAAGUUCGUGCUCAAAGAGGACGUUCCCAAUGAGAACUGCAACAACAGCAGCCUAGGAAGCUCACUGCCCCCGGGAGCCCCAGCUCCCCCUCCACCACCCAGCAUGGCGCCCACCACGGGCACAGCCCACUGGACUGUGCCUACAGUCUCUGGCUCACUCACUCCUCAGCAACCCCAAUGGUCACCAAAACCCAAGGCCCCAGGAAGCCCCAUCCAGUCAGCUCUGGUCUCUGAGCUCAGGGAGAAGUUUGAGAAGAAGAAUAUAGAUAAAAAAGCUUACUUUUAA